AUGACCUACUGCCGCGGCCGCGACCUGUUCCUGGCGGUGGACCAGGAGCCCAGCGACCUGGCCUGCCUCGGCCUCAUGCUGCGGACGUGCCAGGCCCUGCGGCAGGUGCACCAGGCCGGCUUCGUGCACUGCGACCUCAAGCCGGACAACGUGCUGGUGGAGACGGACGCGGACGGCCAGCCGCAGGAGGUCCACAUCAUCGACCUGGGCCUGGCGUGCCGCGGCGGUCACGCCUUCCCGCGCACGGCCCGCGUCGCCAGCAAGCCGUGGUACUGCCCCUGCUUCUUCGACGCCUCGCCCAUGCAGGCCCGCUGCGACCUGGUCGGCCUGGCCUUCUCUCUCGGCUUCCUCAGGGACGUGAUGCAGCGCAAGCACGAAGAGCUGGACGCGCUCCUGCAGAGGGCCUCCGACGCGCAGCACGAGAGGCGGCCGUCGCUGGAGGAGCUCAUCGCCCUCCUGCAGAGGCUCCUUCGGGAGGCCGGAGCUCAGCUGCCCUCGUGCCCCGAGGCGCCCGAAGCGCAGCAGCCCGCGGACGCAGCUGCAGUCCAGGACCUUUCUGAAGCGCCUGCAGUCGAGGAACUUUCUCAAGCACCUGAAGCUCCCAAGGCGGUGGACCUCUCGGAAAUGUGCAGGAACUUCCGGGCGAUGAACAUCUUCCGGAGGUGA